CCCUGUGGAUGAUUCAGCGACUACAUCCAUACGGAUUCUAUCCCUAAAUAAUCAAUAUUGAGGACUACGAUUCUGAACGUAGUCCUCCCACACGGCCGACGAGGCGAAGGGUGCCUAUGAUCUACGGGGCAGCACCACCCUUCAUCCGAAAAGUACGAGUAUUGGAAUGACACAUGGCAGAGCCGGAAAGGAUGAUUAGGCAUUAUUGUCCUUGGGGUCUUUUGUGUAUUGGCAAUCAUUUACUUUUGCUGAGCCAAAGUCUAUCCACACAUGUCAUAUCUAUGUUCUGGUUCCGUCUCGCGUGCCUCGGUGCGCCCUUCCAUGGGAACGGUCCCCAGCGGAUGAAAGCGAAUAUGCCAACAGUGGACUCGGGAGUCGAGAGAAUUCCCGGCGAUCAAUCAGCGGUCGGGCACGACCUCACCUAUAUCCUCGCAGAGGACCCAGGCGAAACAGAAACGCCAUCGGCGACACACGAAAACCAAAAGAAAUCUCGUUCUACAUGAAUUUUGCCAGGUCAUGUCGACAAUCGAAAAGAAAGAAAGAAAAACGGGUGGGGCAUCGUAAUGAUAAAUAAAACAACAAUCGAGCGCACAACAUCAUUGAAUU